CGAGCGCUCGCCGAGCGGCCGGUCGGUGGGGUCCUCGCGCCCCGCACGCCCGCACGCACGGCCCGGCCCGCAGUGAGCAUGGGCGCGGCGGCCGUGCGCUGGCACUUGUGUGUGCUGCUCGCCCUGGGCGCGCGCGGGCGGCUGGCGGGGGGCAGCGGGCUCCCAGGGACCGUCGACGUGGACGAAUGCUCGGAGGGCACAGACGACUGCCACAUCGAUGCCAUCUGCCAGAACACGCCCAAGUCCUACAAAUGCCUCUGCAAGCCAGGCUACAAGGGGGAAGGCAGGCAGUGUGAAGACAUCGACGAGUGUGAGAAUGACUACUACAACGGGGGCUGUGUCCACGAGUGCAUCAAUAUCCCGGGGAACUACAGGUGCACCUGCUUUGACGGCUUCAUGCUGGCACACGAUGGACACAACUGCCUGGAUGUGGACGAGUGUCAGGACAACAACGGUGGUUGCCAGCAGAUCUGUGUCAAUGCCAUGGGCAGCUACGAGUGUCAGUGCCACAGCGGCUUCUUCCUCAGCGAUAACCAGCACACCUGCAUCCACCGCUCCAAUGAGGGUAUGAACUGCAUGAACAAAGACCAUGGCUGUGCCCACAUCUGCCGGGAGACGCCCAAAGGUGGGGUUGCUUGUGACUGCAGGCCCGGCUUUGACCUUGCCCACAACCAGAAGGACUGCACACUAACCUGUAACUAUGGAAACGGAGGCUGCCAGCACAGCUGUGAGGACACGGACACAGGCCCCAUGUGCGGCUGCCACCAGAAGUACGCCCUGCACUCAGACGGUCGGACGUGCAUCGAGACGUGUGCAGUAAAUAACGGAGGCUGCGACCGGACGUGCAAGGACACGGCCACCGGCGUGCGAUGCAGCUGCCCGGUUGGAUUCACACUGCAGCCGGAUGGGAAGACGUGCAAAGACAUCAACGAGUGCCUGGUCAACAACGGAGGCUGCGACCACUUCUGCCGCAACACCGUGGGCAGCUUCGAGUGCGGCUGCCGGAAGGGGUACAAGCUGCUGACCGACGAGCGGACGUGCCAAGACGUCGACGAGUGCUCCUUCGAGCGGACCUGUGACCACAUCUGCAUCAACUCUCCGGGCAGCUUCCAGUGCCUGUGCCGCCGCGGCUACACACUCUAUGGGACAACCCACUGCGGAGAUGUGGACGAGUGCAGCAUGAACAACGGGAGCUGCGACCAGGGCUGUGUCAACACCAAGGGCAGCUACGAAUGCGUCUGCCCCCCAGGGAGGCGCCUCCACUGGAACCGAAAGGACUGCGUGGAGACGGGCAAGUGCCUUUCUCGGGCCAAGGCCUCACCCCAGGCCCAGCUGUCCUGCAGCAAGGUGGGCGGUGUGGAAAGCUGCUCCCUUUCCUGCCUGGCCCACACACUCUUCAUGCCAGACUCGGACGACAGCUACAGCCUGAGCUGCGGUGUCCCGGGCCUCCAGGGCAAGAUGCUGCAGAAACGCAACAGCACCGGCUCCAGCACUGGGCCCAGCUGCUCAGGUGCCCCUGCCACCCUCAUCAGGCAGAAGGCCCGGUUCAAGAUUCGAGAUGCCAAGUGCCACCUCCGGCCCCGAAGCCGGGAGCCGGCAAAGGAGGCCCUGAGGCAGUUGCUGCUGGAAAACUGCCACGUGACCUUUGUGACCCUCAAGUGUGACUCCUCCAAGAAGAGGCGCCGUGGCCGAAAGUCCCCAUCCAAGGAGGUGACCCACAUCACAGCAGAGUUCGAGGUUGAGACAAAGAUGGAAGAGGCCUCAGACACCUGCGAGGCCGAGUGCAUGCGGAGGCGAGUGGAGCAGAGCCUGCAGGCCGCCGUCAAGACUCUGCGCAAGUCCGUCAGCCGGCAGCACUUCUCCGUCCAGGUCGCAGGCACUGAGUACGAGGUGGCCCAGCGGCCGGCCAAGGCCCUGGAGGGCCAGGGGACGUGUGGCACAGGCCAGGUGCUGCAGGACGGCAAAUGCGUGGCCUGCGGGCCUGGCACCUACUUCAGCGGAGAGCCAGGCCAGUGUGUGCCGUGCACGCCGGGGACCUACCAGGACGGGAACGGCCAGCUCAGCUGCACGCCGUGCCCCAGCAGCGACGGGCUCGGCCUGGCUGGUGCCCGCAACGUAUCCGAGUGUGGAGGCCAGUGCUCUCCAGGCUUCUUCUCCACCGACGGCUUCAGGCCCUGCCAGGCCUGCCCCGUGGGCACGUACCAGCCAGAGCCUGGGCGCACGGGCUGCUUCCCCUGCGGAGGGGGGCUGCUCACCAAGCAUGAGGGCACAGCCGCCUUCCAAGACUGUGAGGCCAAAGUGCACUGCUCCCCCGGCCACCACUACAACACCACCACCCACCGGUGCAUCCGCUGCCCUGUCGGCACCUACCAGCCCGAGUUUGGCCAGAACCACUGCGUCACCUGUCCGGGCAACACCAGCACAGACUUCGACGGCUCCACCAACGUCACACACUGCAAAAACCAGCACUGCGGCGGCGAGCUUGGCGACUACACGGGCUACAUCGAGUCCCCCAACUACCCCGGCGACUACCCGGCCAAUGCCGAGUGCGUGUGGCACAUCUCGCCGCCCCCCAAGCGCAGAAUCCUCAUCGUGGUCCCCGAGAUCUUCCUGCCCAUCGAGGACGGGUGUGGCGACGUCCUGGUCAUGAGGAAGAGCGCCUCACCCACCUCUAUCACCACCUAUGAGACCUGCCAGACCUACGAGAGGCCCAUUGCCUUCACCUCCCGCUCCAGGAAGCUCUGGAUCCAGUUCAAAUCCAAUGAAGGCAACAGUGGCAAAGGGUUCCAAGUACCCUAUGUCACCUACGACGAGGACUACCAGCAGUUAAUAGAAGAUAUCGUCCGCGAUGGACGGCUCUACGCCUCAGAGAAUCACCAGGAAAUUUUGAAAGACAAGAAGCUGAUCAAGGCCCUCUUCGACGUGCUGGCGCAUCCCCAGAACUACUUCAAGUACACAGCCCAGGAGUCCAAGGAGAUGUUCCCGCGGUCCUUCAUCAAACUGCUGCGCUCCAAGGUGUCCCGGUUCCUGCGACCCUACAAAUAACACUGGUGCAGCUGCCCUGCUUGGGGUGCCGGCUACCCGGUGGGGAGAGAGCUCCUCCCCUCCACAGUCGAAGCUAAAGGCGGCUCCGUGGGCCCCCACGCUGCCUUGGGAAUCGCCGUGGCGUCUGCCCUUCAGGAAUCGCCGACCAGCCCGUGGCGGGCGAGACCACAUCCAGGCAGAGACCCCAGCCCGGCUGCACUCCUCUGAUGCCGCCCCCAUGGGAAAACAUUGCUUCAGGCAGCCUUUCUUGCUCCUUCCAGGACACCAGUAGCGCCCUCUCCUGAGCUGGCACCAGCGGACGCCA